GGCGAUGGCAUUGCGGUUUGAGGCCCUGCACCCAGAGGGAAUCUGUCCUGGAUGGAGCAUCGUGGUCAAGGGUGAGACCAGUUCCAGUUCAGGCAUGUUUGAGAUUAAUUUGCUCUGUGAUCCCGGAGACCAAAUUGCUCUCCACUUUAACCCUCGCCUCUCCAGCUCCAGAAUUGUCUGCAACUCCUUCCUCAACAGCCACUGGGGGCAGGAAGAGGUUAACAGCACCUUCCCCUUCAAAGCAAAGGAGCCAUUUCAGGUCGAAAUCUACUCUGACCAAGACUAUUUCCACAUUUUCAUCAAUGAAAACAAAGUGCUGCAGUACAAGCAUCGGCAGAAGAAUCUUUCCUCCAUCACCAAGCUGCAGAUUCUCGAUGAUGUUGACAUUUCUUCAGUGGAAAUCAUCAAACGAGGUCUUUACUAGAGACCAGAGUUGGGGCUCUCUCACAGACCAUUCCCCCUUCAGCUUCUGAUUCAGCCAAGGAUCAUUUCCUCCCCAUAUCCACAUGCCACCACCAACCAGGGACAUAGCCAUGUGUCCUCAUAGUGGAAGGGGUGGUCAUUCCCAUCACCAGUCACAUUGCUCACCAUAGCCCAGCCCUUCAAAGAACUUCUGCCCUUACAUCUUGGGGUGCACAACAGGCUCUGUAGGUUGGAUCAUCUUUGCUGCACAUCAAAAUCUGUCUUGAGUAGUCUGGACACCUGCAUGUUACCUUAGAAAUUGUGUUUUCCCAAGAGUAGGGUGUGCACGAGCACCAGUCCUCAGCUGGGCGUGUGGGGAAUGUGGAUGUUAAGGGUGGAAAGGGAUGUUUCUUUCCAGGAGCUGGAUAAGAAUGAUACCAGAUUUGCCAAUAAAAUCAACCAAGGAAAUCCCUGCUGAGACUUCCCUCCCUGGGCAGAUCAAUCUCAUCAUUCCUUCCCUGCCAUCCAGGCACUGGCA